UCAUCAGCGCACGUAUCCCGGACCGGCAGUAAUACGGCUCAGCAGCCGUAGCCGUGAAGAAACAGAGACAUUUCUCUUGCUCUCACCAAGCGGCCAGACAAGCAAACAAACGCAAAAAGGUUGGAACCGGAGAGGCCUCCGGCGAAACCAAGUAAACAACUCGGCCGUCGCGCCAUUGACCGCGCGUGCGGACAGCCGCCCUCCGAAUUCCUCCGUCGUCUUCCUCCCCGUCCCUUUCGCCUCGACUAGACAUCCCUAAUACGUACACAUAUAUGGAGCGAAGCUCACCUCAGCUGCAGACUAGGAGUUAGUGGCCGGAGAAGAUUCCUCUUCCUCUUCUUCUUCGUCUUCCUCAGGGAGAAGCUCACCUCAGGCAGGGUGUCCUUCUCCUUCUAGUGUCCGCGGGAGUGGAGUGUUAGCUGAUCAGGAUGCAGCGGCACACGGGACGGGACAUGUGGGACGCGGAGGAGUGCCAGAGCCCGCGCAUGGGCAGCGUCAUCCUCGGCGUCGACGGCGGCGCCAGCAACACCGUCUGCGUCUGCAUCCCUGCCGCCAUGCCCUUCAACGACCCGCUGCCUGUGCUCUCACGCACCGUCGCGGGAUGCUCCAACCACAACUCCGUCGGAGAGGACAGAGCAAGGGAGACCCUGGAGAGAGUGAUGUCGCAGGCGCUGCUCAAGGCACGCCGAAGACGAUCAAACGUGUGCGCCGUCUGCUUGGCCGUAGCAGGCGUCAACCAUCCAAUCGAUCAGCAGAGAAUGCUGGAUUGGCUCAGGGAGAUUUUCCCAAGCCAUGUCAAGCUGUUUGUCGAGAACGACGCGGUGGCAGCAUUAGCAAGUGGAACCAUGGGCAAGCUCCACGGGUGCGUGCUGAUCGCAGGGACAGGGACGAUAGCUUAUGGGUUCACCAGCGAUGGCAGGGAAGCCCGAGCAGCAGGUGCAGGGCCGGUUCUAGGUGACUGGGGCAGUGGGUAUGGGAUUUCUGCACAGGCAAUGACAGCGGUGGUCAGAGCUUAUGAUGGCAGGGGUCCUGAAACGGUGCUUACAAACAACAUCCUUGAUUUUCUUGGGCUGGCAUCACCAGACGAAUUGAUAGGAUGGACAUAUGAAGACCAAUCGUGGGCUCGGAUUGCUGACCUUCUUCCAGUUGUGGUAGAAUCUGCUGAGAGUGGUGAUGAGGUGGCAAACAAGAUCCUACACAAUUCAGUUGGUGAACUAGCUUCCAGUGUCAAAGCUGUAGUGCAAAGGCUUGAACUUGGUGGUGAAGAUGGCAAACAUCCAUUUCCACUUGUUAUGGUUGGCAAAGUCCUUGAGGCAAACAAGAGGUGGGACAUUGGAAAAGAAGUGAUAGAUUGUGUUACAAAACAUUACCCAGGUGCUUAUCCAAUACACCCUAAGGAGAAGAUUUUAUUGACACGGGGAAGCAAAAUUUGUGCUGUGUAUAUGGCUAUAUGCUUGAAAAGUACCUAAUAAACACAGUUUACAAACUGACACAUCUUCAGACCCUACUAUGAAAUUUCGUAAGUCAAUAUCCAUGAACUCAUAUCUGAUUGUACCUGCAGGUGGAGCCAGCAGUUGGUGCAGCAUUAUUAGCAUGGAAUGCUAUAGCAAGCGAAUUAGAUGGCGAUAUUAGAAAUGUUCAAUAAUGAAACUUUCUACACAUUAUUGUAUAUUAUGUUAGCGUCAAACCUUCACCUAGCAUUUUCCAUUUGCUGUAACAGAUUGCAUGAAAAGGUUGUAACCUUGUCAAGAUAAGAAAAUUUUACCACGAAAUCUGGUUUAAUGGGAGUUUCUUUGACA